AUUUGACUUUAAUAAGUGAUUGUUGUACCGUUUAAAGUGUCCCUCGUUGCGCCACUCCAUUCGAGCGGCUCUACGCGUCUCCAAGUUCCCUAAUUCGUUAGCUCUGAAACUUUUCGGUUUUCGGUUCUCUGACUCCGAUUCUCGACGGAUCAUCGAGUGUCGCCGGGCUUCUGGUGGCGGUUUUUAGGCUUCCCGGUUUCGCUCUAUUGGCAGUACGCCAGCGCCAGUUGGCACCUUUCGACGUGGAGCCGCUAAAACCACUCGAUCGCAGCGAUAUCGGGAGCUGCCAGAGCGAGAGGGACCGAGUGUAUAACGGAGCGAGCGAGCGAGAUAGGACCCCACAAACGGACGCUCUCUUUCGGCGGACAGAUUGUUGUUUUUAGCCGACUACGGUUUUUAUGGCUUAUUGAAAUCGGAUAGCGGCAGUCAAAAAGCGCGCGUUACGCCUGCCACAACUGCCGGACACUCCAUCCGGCUCCUAUAUCUCGGCUAUAUAUCGGAAAAUGUAGCUCUCGUUCGAGUGCAGUUGACUAGCAAUAUCCCAAUAAAUCACGCCUCGCCUCCAUCGCCUAAUUGCUGUACGAAGUGUACACAUCAAUUAAAAAGUGAUCGCGCAUUAAAAACCCAUUCGAGUGCAAAUAAUUCGCUGACAAAUAGUUCAUUAAAUAAUUCAUUAAAUGUGAACCCCGCAAGCCAGCAGUUAACCACCAACAAACCACCAGCUCUCCCCCGUCCAAUUUCCAGUAACACUUUUUUUUUCUGGUUCAGUUUCUGUUGCUCUAACUGUUACUUUUACUGUUUCGGCUGGCAUUUUCCACGACGAUUUUCCCGACGGUUCAGAUUUUCUGCACGCAAGAGCCUUAAUUAUGAGCAAUUAUAAUCCGAAUUGCGGUUACUUCGAGGAUUGCAGCUACUACACGAACAACGUGUACCAACAGGAUUAUUGCAUGCAGCCGGAUUAUGAGUACAACAAGCAUGUCUACGACUUGUUCGAUGCAAAGGUGCCGUCGUCGCAGCGCUCCGGCUUCCACAUAUCGGACAUCCUGAACCUGGAGGGAUCCGAGCUGAAGAAUGCCGCCGCCGUGGCCGCCGCAGCGGCCCAACAUGGCAGUGAUUUGAGCCACCACUCGGCCAGUGAGUCCGCCACCAACGGACACGUCGGUCAGGGAGCUCAUGCCACGCCCUCUGCACUUUCGCCCACUCCCGCCGGCGGUUCGGUGGACGAGCACCACAACAACAGCGGCAGCGGCAGUGGCAGUGGCAGCGGAACGGGGGCGGGAUCGGGGUCCUCGGACCACCACAGCACCACCGAGCACCACUCAGCACAGCAGCCGGCGAGCCACCCGAGCCAACAGCAGCAGCACCCGCACCACCAGCAACAGCAGUCGCACCACCAGCACCUCCAGCAGCAGCAGCAGCAGCACCACCCACACCACCCGCACCACCAGCAGGCGGUGGCUCCACUCCCGCUGGCGCACCACCAGAGCGGCGAUGCCCAGAGCCACGCCCACGCCAAUGCAGCCGCCGCCCACCUGCUGGCCAGCCACAAUGCGGCGGCCGCUGCAGCGGUGGCCGCCGGCCAAUACCUGCCCAAUCUGCCGAAGAACUUCCCGGGGAGCUUCGGCGACGAGAUGUCCUCGUACCACCACAUGGCCCAGACCAUGCUGCAGCACUCGGGGCGGAGUGCGUGGAUCAAGGAGAACGAGCUAUACGGAACCCAGCAGCCCGCGAGUCCGGACAGCACCUCGCCGGUGACCUCGGAGGUGUCGUACACCUACAUCGGCUCCAACUGCCAGACCUCCCCGGCUCUUUCCGGUGACUACAAGAGCUACAGCCGAUCCGCCGAUAGCGAUGCCCUGUCGGUGGGCGAUGCCCUGCACACGAUGAACGGAGGAGCCUCGGCUCCUGGCGGCGGAGGUCCUUCGGCGGCUCAUGCCCUCCACAACAACAACAAUAACAAUAAUAACAACAACAACAACAGCCUGAAGCAUGAUGGUCUGAAUGGAGCGGCGAGCAGUGGCCACGACGACAGCCUGAACGAGGACGGCAUCGAGGAGGACAUCGACGACGUGGACGACGCGGACGGCAGCGGUGGCGGCGGCGGUGGCAACGGCUCGGAUGGAUUACCCAACAAGAAGCGCAAGCGGCGGGUGCUCUUCACCAAGGCGCAAACCUACGAACUGGAGCGGAGGUUCCGCCAGCAGCGGUACCUUAGUGCCCCGGAGCGGGAGCAUUUGGCCAGCUUGAUCCGACUGACGCCGACGCAGGUGAAGAUCUGGUUCCAGAACCACCGCUACAAGACGAAGCGGGCGCAGAACGAGAAGGGCUACGAGGGUCAUCCGGGUCUGCUCCAUGGCCAUGCCACACAUCCGCAUCAUCCGAGUGCGUUGCCCUCGCCGCGUCGCGUCGCCGUUCCGGUGCUGGUGAGGAAUGGGAAGCCCUGUUUGGGCGACGGCUCCAAGCUGGGCGCCGACUGUGUCUCCGUCUCCUCGGCCACCGCCACCGCCAUGCAGAAUGCCGCCGCCGCCCACCAUUUGGUGGCUUUGAAUGGGGCGGCCGCGUAUCAGCACGCCGCUGCCGCCGCCGCCGGCCUGCACGCCCAUGCCCACGCCCACGCCCAUGUCCACGCCCACGGGCACGGGCAUCCACAUGCCCAGAGGUCGGCCUGGUGGCCCUAAUACUGCUAGGACCGGAUCUUCGCGGGCCUGGAGCCACUCGAAUAGGUGGAUGUGGAUGUGGACGUGAGCCUCGCAACCUUGUGCAAUAGAGAUCAGAGGCCAGGCCCCCACAAAAAGGAUCCCCAGAUCCCCGGAUCCCCGGAGAAGCCAAACGGAAAGAGCAACCAGAAGCGAUACAAUAAUAAACCACAACUAGUUUUAGUCUCACUGAUGAGUCAUUCAUUCCCUGAGUCAUUCCUGUACAUAGGUUAGCCGGCAAAAGCGCCCCAAAACUAUAUAUAAAUAUAUAUAUAUAAAUCGAACUUACCCCAAGACCCGAGCUCAAGAGCUGCGGGGCAACUUAGUCAGGGGUUAGGUUACCUCUAUAUGAAACACAAGAUCCAUUCCCUGGAACAGAACUCAAAUGCCCGUGACAAGUGGGACUUUAUAAUCAAAUAUAAUCAGAUAUUGUUACGGGCAUUUGGAUCCCACAAGUCUCCCAUUUUCACUGCACUAAAGUUGAUUAUACUUAUAAAACCUAGAGCUAGACAUAACUUUUUUUUAUUUUUUUUUUUCCUAGACCUAAGUGAAGACCCAAAGGAAAACAUUGUAUAUAGCAAAGAAGAAAAAAAAACGUAGCAUAGGAAACUAAGGUAAUCGCAAGGAAAAACUUAUAAAUGGCAAUGCAACUAAAUCUGUACUAUAUCUACGUUAUACUAAAGUCAAGCGUAAUUAGUGUUCAAAUUUUUUAGACAGAAUUUAAUGAACUUUUUUUUUUUGUAUGAUUACACAUACGUAUAAUAUAGACACUUAGUCCUAACCGAUAUUUUUUUUCGUGUGUGUGCGUGUAUAGCGAGUAAAGGAAAACUCUUUGAAUUUAUAGCAAGUAAUGAGUUCAUAAAUGUUUAAGGAAAGGACGGCGGACAGAGACACUUACAGAUACGGCAAAUGUAUUCGGGACAGAAAGCAAAGCGAAACGACACUACAAACUGCAAAAUACAUUUUAGAGAUUUAAUAAAAACCAUUUACAAAAAUUAAAA